AUGGGGAAGGGAGACGUGGAAGCACCACCCACCUCGGCCUACCGCUCUGUCAUGGAGGAGUAUGGUUACGAAGUGGGCAAAGUCAUUGGCAAUGGCUCCUAUGGGACAGUGUAUGAGGCUUACUACACAAAGCAGAAGGUCAUGGUGGCCGUCAAGAUCAUCUCGAAGAAGAAGGCCUCUGAGGACUAUCUUAACAAGUUCCUGCCCCGUGAGAUACAGGUGAUGAAGGUCCUGCGGCACAAGCAUCUCAUCAACUUCUAUCAGGCCAUCGAGACCACAUCCCGGGUCUACAUCAUCCUGGAGCUGGCUCAGGGUGGUGACGUUCUUGAGUGGAUCCAGCGCUACGGGGCCUGCUCUGAGCCCCUUGCUGGAAAGUGGUUCUCCCAGCUGACCCUGGGCAUCGCCUACCUUCACAGCAAAGGCAUCGUGCACCGUCUAAUACUAAGCCCUCUCCUGACCCCCAGCCUUUCUGCUGCUGGUAGGGACUUAAAGUUGGAGAACCUGCUGCUGGACAAGCGGGAGAAUGUGAAGAUAUCAGACUUUGGCUUCGCCAAGAUGGUGCCUUCUAACCAGUCUGUGCGGAAUAGCCCUUCCUACCGCCAAGUGAACUGCUUUAGCCACCUCAGCCAGACCUACUGUGGCAGCUUUGCUUAUGCCUGCCCGGAGAUCUUGCUUGGCUUGCCCUACAACCCCUUUCUGUCUGACACCUGGAGCAUGGGCGUCAUCCUCUACACUCUAGUGGUCGCCCGUCUACCCUUUGAUGACACCAAUCUCAAGAAGCUGCUGAAAGAGACUCAGAAGGAGGUCACUUUUCCACCUAACUAUGCCAUCUCCCAGGAGUGCAAGAACCUGGUCCUCCAGACGCUACGCCAAGCCAACAAGCGUGCCACCAUCCUGGACAUCAUCAAGGAUCCCUGGGUGCUGAAGUUCCAGCCUGAGCAACCCACCCAUGAGAUCAGGCUACUCGAGGCCAUGUGCCAGCCCCCCAGCACCACUAAUCGUCACCAGUCCUUGGAAAUCAGUACCUGA